AGCGAAAUUUGGGAGCGCAGACCCAGCUGGACCGGUUUUUCGAUAAUAUCAUCGACAAAUGCCCUCGUUUGUCAUCGUCAUCAUCAUGCCCUUUUUUCCGUCUGAUCCAGCCAGCAGCUUACCUCGUGCCUCUCUGACUGAUGGCUUCUUCUCUUGCUCCUGGUCAAGCCGAGGGUACGAGUAGUUCAGCCACUGCUGGGGAAGAGCCCCAGCGCACGGACAUUGUCGAUGUUGACGAAGACGUCGACUCCGCUUUUGAGGAUGGCGACAAUUUCUCGUGAGCUGCACAAGUGCCCGGAUUGGGAAUAGUUGCUGAGACGAGGCUUUGCAAGGGACACGACCUCUGUUUCAUCCUCGAUAUAUCGGGGUCGGAUGAUCAACGGCAGAAAGUACUCGUCUCUGCGGGAUGACUACUGGUAUGCUUUCUCCCAGAAGUCCGCGUAGACAAGGCUCUCACAGCCUCGACAGGGGUCCAUCCGAUGAGCAACAGUUCGAAACCCUCAACGCUGGCCAUGUGCUCUAUCUUGUCCUGGACAGCAAUCAGCCAAACCCACUCUUUCGAUCGCCCGUCAAAUCGCCACUGUACGUCCUCGAUAUAGGGACUGGACCUGGCACUUGGGCCAUCGACGUUGCCGAUCAAUUUCCUGCUGCAACUGUGUAUGGUGUUGACCUCUCCCCGCCACCGUCGACAUGGGUACCUCCGAACUGUUUUCUCCAGGUGGACGACGUCCUCGAAGAAUGGACGUGGCGAGAAGAGUUCGACCUGAUCCACAUGCGGUUGAUGCUCGGCGCCUUCACCGACACAGAAUGGGCGAGCGUGUACAAAAAGUGCUUCGACCACCUGAGGUCCGGAGGGUAUAUCGAACAGAUCGAACUAGACGUGCGGGUCAUGUCUGACGACGGCUCCCUCGCCCCGGACUCGCUGCUGGCCGGAUGGGGGCAGACGUUUCUCGACUGCGCGCGACGGGCAGGGCGCCCGCUGGACACGCAACUAACCAUGAAGGCCAAGAUCGAGGCGGCCGGGUUCGUCGACGUCCAGGAGCAUCUGUACAAGUGUCCCAUCGGCGCCUGGCCCAAGGACCCCCUCCUCAAGGACGCCGGCAGGAUCAACCUGAACCACUGGAGUUCUGGCCUCGAGGGGUGGGCCAUGUUUCUGUUGACGAGAUGGGGGGCGCCCGAACCGUGGACGGCGGAUGAAGCCCGAGUCUACGUUGCCAGAGUGAGGGACGAACUGAAGAAGCGACGGCUGCAUAUAUGGCACUACACUCGACGUGUCUGGGGGAGGAAACCAUAACGGCGUAUGUUACUGCAUUUAGCGCACGGCUGGCGGAAAAAGGGUAUUCACAUUCAUGUCUGCUUAUGAUCCUGCAGAUGUCUUUAUCACGAUGAGAACUUCUAGGGUGGGUGGCAUUGGCGUGUGGUGUGCAGCGUCUACCUGUUAUUCGUGGGACAAAUCGAUCGGUCUGUUACCGCUCCAUCUCAAAGAAUGAAAUUGUUGGCGGCUCGACGAAGGUCCUUUUGCUUGCGCGUCCAUAGAUAUAUACUAAGCUAUGGUCCUACCGAUGAGGACCUUAAGGCCAACAAAAAGUUGCCAUGAGGACGGACGGUAGAAGUUCGGCCAAAGCUCACAGCCUUUUCCAGCUCGGUACCACUGCGAGGUACGGAGUACUAUAUUAUGUUUUGGGCUAUCCUGGUUCACGCUUCGAGGACCUUUCUUUCCAUCCUCCUCUCUUCCGCGACGGUCCUCGGACCCUGAUGUCACCAAAGCCUCAGAGCUGACCUUCCAGGCCUGCCCCUCGCACUAUAAAACCCAGGAGGAGCCCAGCACGGUCAACUGAAACCAAGUUAAAGCAACACGCAUCACACUCGCAUUCCGGUUCACCGCAUACACAAAUAAAUACAUUCACAUACUACGAUCAACGCAAACAAAGACCCAGAAGCUCAAGCACUAAGCAGCACAGCUCCAAACGCAGUGACGCCAACCAUCAUUCGAUUCGACACAACAUCCUCAACUUCAAGUUACUACUAGUGGUACCCUGCAACGCAUCACAGAGCAUACAACACCCGCAGCACACACAGAAUACUACCAACCUAUCAACCAUGUUUCCCCUCAUCCUCCUGGCCACCAUGGUGGGCUCCAUCGUCCUCACGAUCUUCGGCGGGAUGCCAAAGUUCACCCACCUGAUCGGGUGAGGGUCAUCGAGUCGAACUUGAAUUCGGGAUAGCGGUGCAGAGACAAAGGACUGGACGAGGAAGGAGGUGGGAUUUGAUCGGGGUGAAUGGAAUGCAUUCCGUGGGAGAUGGAAGAAGAGGGGGUGGGUGCUGGGAUUAGGGCGUGAGGAUUAUAAGACGGAACUUGGGGACCAAAGACUGGUUUUGAUGUUAGGUUCAAGGUCUUCGCUUUUGUUGGAUGGUAAUUUCUUUCGGCUUCAUUCGUGUAGCAGGACCACGCAACCUGAGGUACUUACCUAAAGUCCCUCUACCACUAUCAUGUACAAUACUAUGUAUUAAGUACUAUGUAGUUAUUGUAUCACCACCACCGCUAGACUGCCAAUAACCAACUGAGUUAGCUACGCCAGCGCGAC